AUAUACCGUUCAAAAGUUAUCUUAAGUUCUUUCUGUGCAACACUCUCCAACUGCCUGAGAACUAGUAGAAGAAAUUAGGAAAUGAUGGAAAUUUUGAAAGUUAUGAGAACAGCUGUCGUCGAUACCAAACAGCUACAGUGUAUGAGGCUACCGGUGCGGAAAUCUGAAAGAACUUAACAUCUGGAUGCGGGCGUAUAGCAUUUGAUUGUGCUUGGGCAACACUUGGGUCAUGCCCAGGGCAUUAGACAUUCAGAUCAAACUCGCUAGGAAUCACCAUACAAAUCAUUCAACGUCCUGGCUCGGUGUUGUUGGGAUAGAUUCUUGCCACAUGAAGCGUGAUCUCUUCAAUCCCCUAUUAACCAUGAAGUACUCGUUCAUCAUCCACGCAUUGCAGGUCAUUAACAUUUGCUUGCUUCCGUUGGCAAGCACAUCGAGGAUAUCUAAGCAGCUAUUGCUGCUUCCCCAUCAAGCCCCUUAUUAUCCAUCGACGGAUACGCAAUACCCAACAAUGCAGCAGCCAGUAGGACCAUUUUUUGGCUAUUUCCCAAAUUUUAUGUCGCCAUGCAGUCCGUGUCCGUUAUGCCCUGCAACCCAAUCGUGCCCAGUUUCGCCCGUAACAUGUCCUUCUACCUCAAUGUGCUCCAACUCUUCUGAUACGUCAACCUCAACUACUACCCCUACCCCGAUUACAUGUCCUACUUGUCCUACCUGCGCAACACCACCACCUGCUGAAACCAUCAGAACUUGUGACUCCGGUUUGAAUUCUGCCGUCUCGGCGGCGCCCAAUGGGACCGUUCUUGUAGAUAUUGCCACAACAGGCGUCAGCUUCAUUUGCCAGUACGCCUUUGUGGCGUAUCCCCCGCAUUCUAAAAUCGCCUUGAAAUGCAAUACGUUAUCGGCAGGGGCCAGAUUUUGGGUUUCUCCUGUAAGCUUGCAAACGGAGAUGGGAGUUCUAGGCAUCGAUUACACAUCGACGGGAAGUCAUUUGAUUAUGACCGCUAAUAAUUUAUUAAACAAAAUAGGAAUGAAAUUGCAAUGUACUUGGACUGGUAUCCUCUAGCAGCAUAGUCCCACCACGGGAAAAUGACGCGUUAUUUUGCCAAUGAAAUUUGUAUUGCGUCAUGGAACAGUGUGACUGGAAUAGACCUACAAUUUACUAUUCUCCUUACUGGGCUUCCUAGAAGACCUUGAUAUUAGCCAAAUUUCUGUUGAAACAUUUGUUUCCUUUUUCUUUUUCCGUCACCCAGCCUCUUGCCAAACCGUGGCAAAAACCCUGAUAAUCACAUUCCUUUAAAACAAAAGAAUGAUAAUGUAAUACAGUUCCACUGAAUUACAGAGGCAACAAUUUUA